UGCAGAUAUAUGCAUGGAAUACUGGCGAAUAGAAUCUAUUUUUGAGGUUAAAGUUGAUAUUAAUAUUGAGAAAUAAUUUCCAAGAAGCAACUAUGGUCAAGUUAGAAGAGUUUGGCGUCGAACAGUGGAUGGACAAGUAUGAGACCACGCCUGAUGUCCUCAAUAUCGCUGAGACAUGCGCCGCUUCUGUCUCCAUAGAUGAGCUUGUUGCACUGUGUGAAGACAAAAAAGCCCCUGGGCCUCUGGAUACUUCGGUCACCCUUACCUAUGGAGCAAUCCGCGGAUCGGACAAGCUGCGCCAACGGCUGGCUGACUUGUAUUCCGCGAGAGCUGCGUCGCCCAUGUCGCUGGAGAGCAUUCUGAUUACUCCUGGGGCUAUAUCCGCCAACUUUCUUGUCCUAUACAAGCUCAUCGGACCUGGAGAUCAUGUUAUCUGCAUGUACCCCACCUACCAGCAGCUGUAUUCUGUUCCCGAGAGCCUUGGCGCCGAAGUCUCGCUAUGGAAGCUCAGACGGGAGAAGAACUACGUCCCUGAUGUGGCCGAACUGGAGCAAUUGGUGAAGCCAAACACCAAACUCAUCAUAAUCAACAACCCGAACAACCCAACCGGCGCGGUCAUCCGCAAGUCUGCGCUUCAAGCGAUUAUCUCUUUUGCCCGUGAGAGAGAUAUCACCAUCCUUUCGGACGAGGUGUAUCGACCUCUCUUCCAUGGUAUCUCACCUGUGGAUGAUGAGUACCCACCAUCUCUGAUAUCAAUGGGAUAUGACAAGGCCAUUGUCACUGGCUCCAUGUCAAAGGCGUAUGCAUUGGCUGGAAUCCGCACCGGCUGGAUAGCCUGCCGCAACCCUGAAAUCAUCGAGGCAUUGGCCAGUGCCAGAGAUUACACAACGAUAUCUGUGUCUCAGCUCGAUGAUCAAGUGGCAAGUUAUGCAUUAUCUGCGAACGUCAUACACGCAUUGCUCUCGAGGAACAUAAACUUGGCCAAAACAAACGUGGCUCUGGUUGAAAAGUUCGUGAAUGAUCACAGCUCAGUGUGCUCCUGGGUAAAGCCGUUAGCAGGGACAACUGCCUUCAUCCAAUUCAAGAAGAACGGCGAACCAGUGGACGACGUGGCAUUCUGUUUGGACGUACUGGAGAAGACCAAGGCCAUGAUACUGCCUGGCUCCAAGGGAUUUGGACACGAGAGGGGGUUCGACUAUAAGGGAUAUGUCAGAAUUGGCUACGUCUGCCAUACUGCCGUCUUGAAAGAGGCUUUGGAGAGGAUGUCGAAGUAUGUAGCUGAGGAGCUGGUAGGAGGUGCAUUCCCGAGUGGGCAGUUACCCCUUAGAUGAGAAUAUUCAAAAAAAUGAAGCUCAUGAUCACCCCGAGG